AUGUCUCUCGCCGGCUGCAGCGGCGACGGUGGCGCGGCGGCGGCGACGUGGACGCCACCGUACUGCACCAUCGUGGCGGCCGACACGUCCGACUUCUCCUACCUCUCCUGCCCGGCCUGCGGCCGCCGCACGCUCCCGGGCCACCCCGAGGGCGCACCCUGCGGGGCCUGCGGCGGCCCCGCCCCGGCGCGCGCCUACCGGCUGCUCCUCUCCGUGGCCACCCACGACCGCGUCUUCCCCGUCGUCCUCUUCGACCGCGCCGCGCGCGCCCUGCUCGGCUGCUCCGCCGACGAGCUCGCGCGCCUCUUCGCCGCGCACCGGGGCGCCGCGCGCGCCGCCGCGGACGCCCUGCAGGGGGAGAUGUGCCGCCUGGCGCUGCGCGAGCCCACCAAGGACGGCGCCGAGCACCUCCGCGCCGUCUCUGUCGUGCCGCUCCGCGACGGGUUCCGCCCGGUCGUCGACACCCUCAGGACGCUCUACUCGCGCGCCGGCGGCUGA